UGGUAUUCCGCAAUAUUUAGUUCCGCAAUCAAACAUGGGGCUGCACUUAAGACUCUCGGCAAUUGCACUUUUUUUCUUUUUCGCAACGACGAAGGCGUUUGAGUCCUGGGUUGUGGCGAACGACAUUAAUCCUAGUAAGGGAGAUGGAGAUGGAGAUGAUCAAGCCCAAAAAUUCCUUUGUGGCGAUAAUUUUGAAAAGUGUUUUGGCACCAAAUUGAAUUCAGUUGUCUUCUUGAGCGACAGCAAGUUAUACCGAGUGGAAGUCUAUGAUUAUAAGUUGCCAACAACACUGGAUGAAAUUAUGGAGGAAGAAAAGAGUUUGAAAAACGAAAUAGAUCUAUUGGAAAAUAAGUUAAGCCAACAAGGCCGUGAUAUUUAUACAAAUUUAGAGAAAGCAAAUGCGGUGCACAUCGAAAGUGAUUUCGAUAUCUCUCAGAGAGCGAAGCACGAAAGGGAACACUUGGAAUCGAAAUUGACUGGAAACAUGAACCAGAUGAAAUCGACAUUGCUCAAUAUUCUUAAAACUAAACUAAAUCGUAUCGACACAAGAAUCCGUAAGCCGCUCGAAAACGAUACGAAUGCCGAUUUACCGAAUUCCUGUGCUGAAGCCUUUACCAUGUAUGAGACCACAGAAAGUGGCGUCUUUGAGCUGUACUUACGCGAUUAUGAACUUGCACCCUUCAAAGCAUACUGUCUGGCCGAUCCGGAUGGCGGUCCUGCCUGGACGGUGGUGCAACGACGCAUGGAUGGCACUGAGGAUUUCUAUCGUGAUUGGGAUGAUUAUGUGACCGGUUUCGGUGAUCCGGAAGGUGAAUAUUUUAUCGGUUUAGAUAGGUUGCAUGCGCUCACCAAUGAUCAGCCCAAUGAAUUGUGGAUACAGUUGGAGGAUUUUCAUGAUGAGGAACGCUUUGCGAAAUAUACCGAUUUUGCUAUUGGCGAUUUGGAUGAAAAUUAUGCCUUAAAAAAACUGAACGGCUACAGGGGCGAUGCUGGUGAUUCGUUGGUAGAGCAAAAAGGAUGCGAAUUUUCCACACACGAUCGUGAUAAUGAUAAUGAUCCCACAAAGAGUUGUGCUGUCACUUAUAACGGUGCUUGGUGGUACAAUCACUGUCACGACAGCAACUUGAAUGGCCGAUAUAUAAGGGGUGGUUAUUAUGAUUAUUAUGAAGAAGCGCAAGGUAUCGAUUGGUACUCUUGGCAUGGACAUCAAUACUCUCUAAGAUAUGUGCACAUGGCCAUCAGACCGAAAUAUUAUUUUUGAAAUGGCGCAAAAAGAUUUGGUGAGAUGGCAUCAAACUGUGUUAUGGCGAAAGCUGCAGCUUUUACAAAGUAAAACAUUCAUUUCCUAUAUUGGCAAGCUAACCGAAAUAUAAACUUAAUUUCAUAUAAGAAGCAAGCAAAA